AUGGCGACGGAAACUUCAGCCCCGCGCAGGAUCAACCUCGUGCGCAUCGCCCACGUCCUCUACACCCACAAGAACGAGGCGAACGCCAAGGCUUUCCUCGACGACUUUGGCUUCCAGGAAGUGUCCCGCGCCGGCGCCAACACCUACUACCGCGGCACCAGCGGCGAGCCCUUUGUCUACCGCUUGACGGCCGGCGACGAGGAUUUCUUCGGCGGCGCCGCCUUUGUUGUCGAGUCCCGCGAAGACCUGGACUAUGCGGCGCAGACCUUGCCCAAUGCCACGGCGGUGCAUGAGAUGACGGAAGAACCCGGUGGUGGGUUCAGGGUGACGUUUUACGAUCCCGUUGACGGGUUCCCAUUUCAUUUGGUCUACGGACAGGCGCAAGUCGACCCCAGUGACGCGGGACUGCUGCAGAGAAGGUUUAAUUUUGCGUACGAUUUUUACACCACCCGAUUCAACUUUUUCCCUAGCGAUAUAUCACUGCUCAAGCUCAUCCACGACCCCACCGGCCGCAACAUCACAACCUUCCUCCACCUCGACCGCGGCGAGGAGCUCGUGGACCACCACUGCUUCUUCUUCUUCGAAGGUCCCAAGUACCACGUCCACCACUCCUCCUACGAAACCUACGACUUUGACACCCAGCUUCUGGGUCACGAUUGGCUGCGUUCCAAGGGCUACGAGAACUGCUGGGGCGUCGGAAGACACAUCAUGGGCAGCCAAAUCUUCGACUACUGGUUCGACCCGUCGAGGUUCGUACUAGAGCACUAUGUCGAUGGUGAUCUAGUCAAUUCUAGCUACGCGACCAACAAGUCCCUCGCCUCUCCGGAUAGCCUGCAUAUCUGGGGCCCCGACGUGCCAGCCGGAUUCUUGGAAUAA